GGCUUCCGCAACGAGCACGUCAGUGACAACAGCAGUCUCAGCUACACUCUCAAGAGUAUCCUCAGAUACUUCAUAACUGGCAAGCAAAGUGAUAUCUCUGAGAUUUCUCCAUAAAUCAACCUUGUGUAGAUGAGUAAUCAGUUUGUGCUGCAUGAAAUUUAAUGUGUUUCAUGAAUUGUGUUGGCGAUGUGAAUUUACUAACCGCAAACCCAUGUUGAGUGCUCAAAUUCGCGACCCAAGCCAUCCGGAUCCUCUUAAUUCAAUCUUGAUCUCGCUUUGAUAAUAUCUAAUACACUUUCGAGGCAGCAUGUCUAGUUCAGAGACUUCAGGAGAGCCGGCUUUAAGUUUCUCGUGUCGAGCUUAUGCCAAGAUGGCUUUGCAUGCGGCCAAGUAUCCGCAUUGUGCCGUGAACGGUGUUCUCCUGGCGUCCAAAGCUCAGAUCAAGAGCCUCUCCACAUCAUCUUCGUCGUCUUCUCCCAAAAUGCUCGUGGUGGAUGCCAUCCCGUUGUCCCAUCAAUCCCGGGGUCUUUCGCCCAUGCUGGAAAUGGGCUUGGCCCUGACUGAGAGCCUGGCCGAACAGGAGGGUCUAGGGGUGGUGGGCGUGUAUCAUGUGAACGAGCUCUUUCACGACAUUUCCGAGGAUAGCUUCAUGAAGGAGGUAGGCAAGAAGAUUGCCGAGAACAUGUCCUUCUCCCUAGUAGUCACGGUGGAUAAUCAGAAACUGAGUUUGGUCAUGGAGAGUCACGCCCUGAUUGUGCGCCAGUGCAGUGGCGAUAAGCUCAAGGAUGUGCAGGAUAUCAUUUUGGAAGGGCCCACUUUGGAGGUUGUGAGCACAUUGCUCCAGCGGAAGAAUCAGGCCCUUCUGAAUGAUUUCGAUAACCAUUUAGAUGACAUGGGGUGUGACAUUUUGAAUCGAGAUCUCAACUCCGUCAUUCUUCAGUGUUUGGAACGACUGGAUUAAAGAGUUCUUUAGGAUUGAAUUGACGUGCGAAUGAAGACACGCGGAUAUGGAUUGUGAAGCAUUUUCACCAUUAUUAUUCACCACUGCGACAUGAUUGAUUAUUCAGAUAUGGACAAUUUCGUUUUCAAUGCCGAUUUCACUUUCGCCCCUUUUGCAAUAUUUUUUCAAUUCCCCAUAAUCAUCCCUUGUUCUACUAUACCAUAGAAAAUAAAACUCAUGAUGUAGCAAAA